AUCACGUCACAAAUACGUCUGUUACGUGAACUCGGAAGUGUAGUUUUCAUACGCGUCUUGGAUCAUUGUGGCGCAGAGGCUUGAGCUGCUGGGGAUCAUUUUCUGGAGGUGAACAGGGGUCAGAGGUCAUGUUUCUAUGCUAUGAACCUGGUCCGCAAAUGCCUCAAACCCAGCCUGUCCAAACCACACCCUGCUACCACCUCCACUGGGAACAGGUCACCUCAAUCCAGCCCUCAGGUCCUCACCCAUGAUGCUUUGCUGCUGCCCCCUCCAGCUCCUGCAGAAGAGGCGGAGGAUGGUUACCUGCUGGUGGAGGAGGAUACCACCGACUCCAGCCUCGUCAUUACUAUGGAGGACAGCCAGCAGGUGAAGGCAGCGAGGAGGAGAGCACUGAGGAGGAGGAAGAGGAAACUGACUGAGGAAGAAGAAGAGGAGGAGAAGGAGGUGGGAGUAGAGGUGGAGAUUGACAGACAACUGGACCAAUCACUGGAGACAAAGUCUAAACAACACAACCUGACUACAGUGAAUGUCAGAAACAUCAUCCACGAGGUGAUCACUAAUGAACAUGUGGUGGCCAUGAUGAAAGCUGCCAUCAACGAGACCGAGGCCGUCCCUCCAUUCGAGCCCAAAAUGACUCGAUCCAAGUUUAAAGAAGUGGUGGAGAAAGGAGUGGUGAUUCCAGCCUGGAACAUUUCUCCCAUCAAGAAAACCAGUGAUGUCAGCAAGCCUCCUCAGUUCGUGGACAUCCCUCUGGCUGAAGAAGACUCCUCUGAUGAAGAAUAUCAUCCUGAUGAGGAAGAGGAGGAUGAGACGGCUGAAGAUACGUUCCUGGAGAGUGACCUGGAGAACUCAGCUUCAUCUCCCAGAGGAUGUCGACUGAACAGGGUGGAGGAGGACAGCUGCAGCCCCUGGCAGGCUUCUCGGUGCCGAUCUCGAUGUUAUAGGGAGAGGUCUGUCUCAAUGGGCCCUCCCCCUCCCCCCAAAGCCCCGCUCCCCAAGGCAGUGACUGACAGCACCUUUCUGGAAAAGCUUCAUGCUGUGGAGGAGGAGCUGGCUGUGUGUAUGGAGCCCUACCAGCCUAUGUCGGAGUCUGAGCAUGAGGUGGGUCUGAUGGCGUACCGGACUCGCUCCAAACGUCCUCUACGUGACGUCCCGCUGGGCCGGCUGGAAGCAGAGCUACGAGCCCCUGACAUCACCCCUGACAUGUACGACUCCAGCUCUGGCCAGGAGGACAGGGAGUGGACUGGUUGGCUGAGAGGUCUGAUGAGCUCAGACAUGGAUAACGAAGAGGAGUGUGAUGACGAAGAUGAUCCAGAGUACAACUUCCUGGCUGACAUCGAUGAACCCGACCUGGAGGAUUACCGUGAUGACAAGGCUGUCCGCAUCACCAAGAAGGAGGUGAACGAGCUGAUGGAGGAGCUUUUUGAAACGUUAAAAGAAGACCUCACUGGACAGGAAGUGGAUGAUGAAGGCCACGAGGAGGAGGAGGAGGAGCCACACACUGUUCAGACACCCACACCUGAGCAGCAGCACAACACAGGACUGUGUGAUGGUGAGGCCGAGGACGAACCAUACACAGAGCUGCGUACCGUGAAGCAGCAGCUGGCUCUGAUCAGGAAGAGAUGUAUACACUGCAACAUUCACUGUAACACACACACACCCUGUCCUGAGCCGUACACACUGAAUCUGAACCGACAGCAGAAGAUCAGACUGCAGCAGCAAGUCCAGCAGCACGUCCAGCUGUUGACUCAGGUUCACCUGUUGACUUCACCUGUGGCCAGACUUCACAGUGAGGCUGAGACCACCAGACAGUUCCUGUUUGAGUUGGACGUGUUGGCUCAGAGAGCCGAGCUGCUCGUGUCUUCAGCCCGUCCUGGUUUCUGCAGCCUUUUCAGAGCCUCCAACCUGCUGGGGGCAUUACAGCUACUGGAGGAGCUGCGACAGUCCCCCAUCAGCUACCAGCCACAGCACCACUCACCUGAUGCCAGAGGACGCAUGCGUUGUUACCCCAUCAUGCCAGCUGAACUGGCCUGGAUCUUCGCCACUCGUCCAGUCUUCCUCUACCCAGGGCUGCUGCCCUGUGCCAGUCUUGACCCGGCUCUCUACUGCCCCCGCAGGACGGCCGCAUUCACUGCAGCUGAGGACUGCCUCCUGGUACUUGGCCUCAGGAACAUGGAGGGGUCAUGUGACCCAACCAAGCUGGUGUCUCAAUUCCUGUUGAGGAAGACUCUGGUCCAAGUCCGGCGGAGAAUCCUGCAGUGCUGCAGACCUGGUUUUCCCGACAAUAUUGUCAAGGCCUUCAGGUAUCAGCAGGUUGUGUGGCCGAUGCCGGUGGCCUGCAGCCCUGUUGACCCGGCUGAGCGACGCCCCCCAGUGGAGAGAGAGGAGCGUGUCAUGCCUCUGUGGCUUGUGAGGAGCCUUCCUGUCAUCUACCCAACUAUCAAAGACUACAACAGCCCACCUGGCACCACCUCACAGGCCCCACCCCCCUGCAAGUUGGGUCGACCCCGUCAGAGUCACCUGACCUUCCUUCGCUCCGCCUCCAACACCUACAGCUACCCCCCAGGGACAAGAUACCCGCUCCGCCUCCCCAAAAACCUUGAUUUCAGACGCAUCGGCUUUGUUCAGCUGCAGCAGCCCCUCUCCUCUGAUUCCCCUGACUCCUCCCUAUUACCUGAUGGACAGACAGACCCUUCCUCCUCACCACUUCACAAACCCUGCUCCCCCCGAGAUAUCAGCAUCACCACCUCCACUGUCUCCAUGGCAACCACAGAGCAAAUUAGACGCCACUAUCAGACUCUCGCUGCUCUGAGGAGGAGGAAGAGGAGUGAGGAAGACAGACUGACCAUGCCUUCUCUGGUUGAGGUGGGUAAUAAUGUCAUCAGAAUGAAUGAAGAAGAGGAGGUGCAAAAGGAGGAAGAUGAAGAAGAGCAGGGAGAGGAGAGCAAGGUCCUCUUGGCUCUGUCUGAAUCAUCAUCCAGUGCUGCAGGAAGUGUCACCCAUGAUGACCUGGCCAACUCUGAGGAGGCAGAGUCAGGGCAUGAACAGGAAGUGACACUGACUCCAUCGAGCGCAUCAGCAGCAGCAAAAGGAGAUGACGAUGACGGAGGGACGUCUUCAGAUGAAUCCAGAGUGUCACUACUCCAGCCGCAGCAGAAGCUGUUUUCAGAAGGUACUGAGGAUGAUGAAGAUGAGCAGUGGUCUGAGGAUGUGGCAUUUGCUCAGGAUUACCUGCACAGAGUGUGUGAAGCGGUGCAGGUGUCUCCUGGCCUCUCUGAGCAGCUGCUGCAGUUGCUGGAUCAAUUUUCAGCCGCGGGGCACCUAGGGCCCUCGGGGGGGCCCGAGCUUCUCUAUGCCGGACUGAGCAGCAUGCUGCAGCCCUGGCCUCAGCUGCUCCGAGACUUUGCCGCCUUCCUGAACCAAGGACAGGCCCGUCGCUGUGGACUGCUGUUGGAGCAGCAGUUGUUUGAACGCAGCCGGCGGUUUCUACGGCGAUUGUGGCAGAGACUGGGAGAAAGCUCCUCCCUCUACCAACAGGUGGUGUCAGUGCUACAACGAAGUUCCACCCCCCCACCUGAGGACAUGGACAAGAUCUUGACUCUUCUCAAACCCCACCCUGACCUGCAGGAGGAAUUCUGGGAAUUUUUCCAGCAGCUUCACUCCCGCUCAUCAGAAUCAAGCUCAUAUAGCACAGAGAUAGAUUCUUUUUUCCAGAAUACUCCUGAGAGGAACAGGAAGAGAAUUGACCAAGAGAGAGAGACAGGAGAAGAAGACGAGGAUCGACCAGUUUGUGCUAAAAAUGUCUUGAUGACAUCGACUGGAGAAAAAGUCGUCAUCUGGACCCGGGAGGCAGACCGUGCCAUCCUGACAGCCUGUCAACAGAAAGGAGCCAGUUGGAAAACAUUCCGACAGGUGUCUGCCCAACUGGGAAACAAGACCACCCAACAGGUGAGUCUUCGUUUCCAGGACCUGAUGAGUCUUUUCCACUCAAAAAAGUCUCAAAAACCCAGUUCCUGUUUCUCAGAAGGCCAGCCAAUCAGUAGACCAGAACCAGCCCCGGACUGAAGGCCGGCCCAAUCACAGAGAUGUCUGUAAACAACCAUGGCCUGGACUUCAGAGCAGAGACUUUGAUCCAGAUCAGCUGCUUUGGGCUCAAACCUGCAUGGUUCAGGCUCCAUUAAAUCUCCUGAAAUGGACGAGACUCUAUAAGAGUUUCAGACUGUUCUGGGUUCAGGAGCCUUGCUCUAGAAUCUGUACUCUUGAUUCUAGAUUUUUUUGUUCAGAAUGAAAGAUGGAUUGUUCAGUUAUUGACCUUGUGGUUUAUACCCAGAAGGAUCAGAGUUCUUCAGCAGUUGGUUUCUUCUUUUGGAGCUUUGAGCUCACUCUGUGAAGACCAGUCAGAGUGCACCCUGAUUUUCAUAUAUAUUUUUAAGCAUUAUUUAAUGUUUUGCAUGAGCGCUGACCUCAUCAAGACUCCUCCCACAAUGGGCAUCAGUGACUGCACCAAGAGGAAGGAAACACCUCACCCAGCUUUGUAUUGAGUUUUAUCAUUUGUAUAUGUGAAUUUAUGUGGGCUGAUAUUUCCUAAUAUUAAAUAAAUAAUUAAGUACAACUUAAUGGUUUUUGAUUCAUUUUGGACAACUCAGCAUAUUCUGCUCCUUCAUUUUAUUAUUGUUUUUAUUUUUGUAUUUGAAUUAUGUUCCUAUAUUCCAUUAGUUUUCCCUUGAUGCACUGAAAUGAUCCCAAUCCCAUGAUUCCCAGUGGCUUUACGUAAGUGUUAGUGGAGGAUGUACCAAGGUGCUAUGAAGGUUUUGAUGAAAAUGUUUGGUUAUUCAUAUAGAAUAUGAAUAAAUGAAGGGCGACUGCUCUAAUAAAAUAUUUUUUACAUUUCCAAACACUUGGUAUUGAGUUUUAUCAUUUGUAUAUGUGAAUAUAU